UUUAUCUCUCUCUCUCUCUCUCUCAUUCACCCUCUACACUUCACCUACCAUAGUAACAGCCUCCAAUAUAUAUGCAUAUAAACAAGAUAAUAUUCUUGUGAUAAUUAGUUGCAUCAUGCUUAUAAGACAUUCAUUGCUAGCUAGCUAGGUAGUAAAAGUUUCAGCAUCUAUUGGAUUCUUAUUAAUUAUUAAGAGUGUGACAUGAACAAUUUCAUCAUGCAAAACAUUACUGAAAGAUUAAGACCUCUUGUUGGUUUGAAUGGCUGGGAUUACUGUGUCUACUGGAAAUUAAGUGAAGAUCAAAGGUAUCUUGAAUGGUUGGGAUGUUGUUGUGGUGGGAGUGAAAGCAACCAAAAUGGUGGAGAAGAACAUCUUUUCCCUGUCUCUUCAUGUAGGGAUACAAUGUUUUCACACCCAAGAACAAACUCUUGUGAUCUUCUUUCCCAACUUUCCACUUCCAUACCUAUAGAUUCAGGGAUUCAUGCACAGACUCUAUUAACUAACCAACCCAAUUGGUUGAACUAUCCCAAUAGCUUGGAUCCAAACACAUUACAUGAAACAAUUAAUGGGACCCAUGUUUUGAUUCCAGUGCCUGGUGGACUGGUUGAGCUCUUUGUAACUAAACAGGUUGGUGAAGAUCAAAAUGUAAUAGAUUUUAUCACAUCUCAAUGCAUUGUCAUGGUGGAUCAAGAGGGGAUGAACCACUCAAUUGGCUUCAAUUCAAUGAGCAACAUGCAAUCAAAUGUAGGAGAUGAAAAUGAUAACACAAACAAUAUUUUCCAUCCAUCAGAGACAUUGAAUCUUCCACAUGACAUCUCUGUAUUGAACUUCAUGCAACAGUUCAAUUACAGUUACAAUCAACAACAAAACCGAAUCAAGAACGAUGGAACCUUCUCUGAAGAAUACCUAGGUCCAUUCCUUCAUGAUCACGAAAACAACAACACUCUCAAAUCCAACACAGAAGAGGAACAUGAUAGCAAAAGCUUGAUGACAGAAAAUAAUCAAUAUGUGUUUGUGGAUCCUUUAGACACAAAAAAGAAGCAAGAAAAUGUUGUUGGCAGAUCAGAUUCAAUGUCAGAUUGCAGUGAUCAAAAUGAAGAAGAGGAUGAUGGAAAAUAUAGGAGAAGAAGUGGAAAAGGAAACCAAUCAAAGAACCUUGUUGCUGAGAGAAAAAGAAGGAAGAAACUGAAUGAUAGGUUAUAUAACCUUCGUUCAUUGGUUCCAAGAAUCUCAAAGCUUGAUAGAGCUUCUAUUCUUGGUGAUGCUAUUGAAUUUGUGAAGGAUUUGCAGAAGCAAGUGAAGGAACUUCAAGAUGAACUUGAGGAAAAUUCAGAAACAGGAACUGAAAGUAACUGCGUAUAUGUUGAUGGUGUUCAAGUUAAAGCAAAUAAUAAUAACAAUGUUACAAAAGCAGAACAUGGUUUUCAUGUUGGGAAUGGCUAUGUAUCAAAACAAAAGCAGGAAGAUGUUGGUACUGUUGUUACUGACAAGCAGACACAGCAGAUGGAGGCACAAGUGGAAGUGGCUCAGAUAGAUGGUAAUGAGUACUUUGUGAAGGUGUUUUGUGAGCAUAGGCCUGGUGGUUUUGUGAAAUUGAUGGAUGCUUUCAACACUUUAGGCAUGGAUGUAAUGCAUGCCACAGUAACCAGUCAUAAGGGUCUUGUCUCAAAUGUUUUUAAAGUUGAGAAAAAGGAGAGUGAGAUAGUUGAGGCUGAAGAAGUUAGAGAUUCACUACUAGAGCUGACACGGAACAAAUCGGAAUCAUAAGAUGACAUCAACAUCAGAGAAAAUUGAUGCAGUUUCAGUAGUUAAACUUUCCAUAAUUGCUCUUUUUUUUACAAUGUUCAAUCAAUACUUUGGAAAGUCUAGUGGAAAUAAUUGAAGAGGUUGUUACCAACCUAAGUAAGCAUAAUAAUGUGCAAAUAAAUUACCCAAUUUCAAAUGUGUUGUUGAAAUUUGAUACUCACCCUUCACUUUUCUUGUAUAAAUAUUUCUAUCUCU